AUGGGUAAUUACAGUAGCCGAUAUCCGUCCACCCCCGCCGUCCCUACCCCGCCGCCCCCUCAGCCCAACGCACCCGCCGAUGCUCCCCCUCCUCCCCUCAUCCUCGGCCGCCCCACGUCCGAUGUCCGCUCCGCCUACGUUUUCGGCAGGGAGCUCGGCCGCGGCCAGUUCGGCGUCACCCACCUAGCCACUCACCGCGCCACGCGCCGGGCGUUCGCGUGCAAGUCCAUCGCCAAGCGGAAGCUUCUCAACCCCGAAGACGCGGAGGACGUCCGCCGCGAGGUGCAGAUCAUGCAUCACCUGACGGGCCACCGGAACAUCGUGGAGCUGAGGGAGGUCUUCGAGGACCGCCACUACGUGCACUUGGUGAUGGAUUUGUGCGCGGGAGGCGAGUUGUUCGACCGGAUAAUCGCGAAGGGGCACUACUCGGAGCGGGCGGCGGCUGGGCUGUGCCGGCAGAUUGUGACCGUGGUCCAUGCCUGUCACUCCUUGGGGGUUAUGCACAGGGAUUUGAAGCCGGAAAAUUUCCUGUUUUCCACCUCCGAUGAGGAUUCACCGCUCAAGGCUACUGAUUUUGGGCUGUCUACGUUUUUCAAACCCGGUGAUGUAUUCAAGGAUAUUGUCGGCAGUGCAUACUAUGUGGCUCCUGAAGUUUUACGCCGAAAUUAUGGUGCCGAAGCCGAUAUUUGGAGUGCUGGCGUGAUUCUUUAUAUCCUGCUAAGUGGUGUUCCGCCCUUCUCGGGAGAGAGUAAUCAGGUUAUAUUUGAUGCUGUUAUGCGUGGACAUCUCAAUUUUGAUUCGGAUCCAUGGCCUUCAAUAUCAAAUAGUGCCAAAGAUCUUCUGAAGAAUAUGCUACAGUCUGACCCUAAGCAUCGGCUUACUGCAGUUGAAGUCUUGAACCAUCCUUGGAUGAGAGAAGAUGGGGAUGCAUCUGAUGAGCCUCUUGACAUUGCUGUCUUGACUAGAAUGAAAAAAUUUCAAGAAAUGAACAAGCUCAAGAAAGUCGCUCUAAAGGUGAUUGCGGAAAACCUAUCUGAAGAAGAAAUCAUAGGCUUGAAGGAAAUGUUUAAGUCCAUUGACACAGAUAACAGUGGGACUAUCACUUUUGAGGAAUUGAAAGCUGGUCUUCUAAAGCUGGGCACGAGACUCUCGGAAUCAGAAGUUAAGCAGCUAAUGGAAGCGGCUGAUGUGGAUGGAAAUGGAACAAUUGAUUACAUUGAAUUUAUAACGGCAACAAUGCACCUGAACCGAAUGGAAAGGGAAGACCGUCUAUAUAAAGCAUUUAAAUAUUUUGACAGGGACUGGAGCGGGUACAUCACCAUAGAAGAAUUGGAGCAUGCGUUAAAGGAAUACAACAUGGGUGAUGCCAAAACAUUACAGGCGAUCCUUACUGAAGUAGACACUGAUCAUGACGGAAAGAUAAAUUAUGAUGAGUUUGUAGCAAUGAUGAGGAGUGGCAAUCCUAUUGGCGGCAACAAUUGA